AUGGGCAAGUGGGUGUAUGGAUGCAAGUGGAUGUAUGGACGCAAGUGGGUGUAUGGACGCAAGAGGGUGUAUGGAUGCAAGUGGAUGUAUGGACGCAAGAGGGUGUAUGGACGCAAGUGGGUGUAUGGACGCAAGAGGGUGUAUGGACGCAAGAGGGUGUAUGGACGCAAGAGGGUGUAUGGACGCAAGAGGGUGUAUGGACGCAAGUGGGUGUAUGGACGCAAGAGGGUGUAUGGACGCAAGUGGGUGUAUGGACGCAAGAGGGUGUAUGGACGCAAGUGGUUGUAUGGACGCAAGAGGGUGUAUGGACGCAAGAGGGUGUAUGGACGCAAGAGGGUGUAUGGACGCAAGAGGGUGUAUGGACGCAAGAGGGUGUAUGGACGCAAGAGGGUGUAUGGACGCAAGAGGGUGUAUGGACGCAAGAGGGUGUAUGGACGCAAGAGGGUGUAUGGACGCAAGAGGGUGUAUGGACGCAAGAGGGUGUAUGGACGCAAGAGGGUGUAUGGACGCAAGAGGGUGUAUGGACGCAAGAGGGUGUAUGGACGCAAGAGGGUGUAUGGACGCAAGUGGGUGUAUGGACGCAAGUGGGUGUAUGGACGCAAGUGGGUGUAUGGACGCAAGUGGGUGUAUGGACGCAAGUGGGUGUAUGGACGCAAGUGGGUGUAUGGACGCAAGUGGAUGUAUGGACGCAAGAGGGUGUAUGGACGCAAGUGGGUGUAUGGACGCAAGUGGAUGUAUGGACGCAAGAGGGUGUAUGGACGCAAGUGGAUGUAUGGACGCAAGAGGGUGUAUGGACGCAAGUGGGUGUAUGGACGCAAGAGGGUGUAUGGACGCAAGUGGGUGUAUGGACGCAAGAGGGUGUAUAGACUCAAGUGGGUGUAUAGACUCAAGUGGGUGUAUGGACGCAAGUGGGUGUAUGGACGCAAGUGGGUGCAUGGACGCAAGUGGGUGUAUGGACGCAAGUGGGUGCAUGGACGCAAGAGGGUGGACGCAAGAGGGUGUAUGGACGCAAUAUCCUAUCCGUUCUGGCACUCUGUAAUAUAUGGUCUUGAAGUAGUUGAUCGAAGUGUCUUCCAUGAGUUUUGCUUCAAGGACCUUCAAUUUGUUGACAUUCAUCUGUGA